AUGGCUGGACGAACCAAGUCUAGGGUCCAGAGAAAUACCUUUGAGACGGCUUUCCUCUUGGCGUACUUCAUAGUUAUCACAGUCAGGUACUGCAUAGUUAUCACAGUCAGGUACUUCAUAGUUAUCACAGUCAGGUACUUCAUAGUUAUCACAGUCAGGUACUGCAUAGUUAUCUCAGUCAGGUACUGCAUAGUUAUCUCAGUCAGGUACUUCAUAGUUAUCACAGUCAGGUACUUCAUAGUUAUCACAGUCAGGUACUUCAUAGUUAUCUCAGUCAGGUACUUCAUAGUUAUCUCAGUCAGGUACUUCAUAGUUAUCACAGUCAGGUACUGCAUAGUUAUCACAGUCAGGUACUUCAUAGUUAUCUCAGUCAGGUACUUCAUAGUUAUCACAGUCAGGUACUUCAUAGUUAUCACAGUCAGGUACUUCAUAGUUAUCACAGUCAGGUACUUCAUAGUUAUCACAGUCAGGUACUUCAUAGUUAUCUCAGACAGGUACUUCAUAGUCAGGUACUUCACAGUCAGGUACUUCAUAGUUAUCACAGUCAGGUACUUCAUAGUUAUCACAGUCAGGUACUUCAUAGUUAUCACAGUCAGGUACUUCAUAGUUAUCUCAGUCAGGUACUUCAUAGUUAUCUCAGUCAGGUACUUCAUAGUUAUCACAGUCAGGUACUUCAUAGUUAUCUCAGUCAGGUACUUCAUAGUUAUCACAGUCAGGUACUUCAUAGUUAUCUCAGUCAGGUACUUCAUAGUUAUCACAGUCAGGUACUUCACAGUCAGGUACUUCAUAGUUAUCUCAGUCAGGUACUUCACAGUCAGGUACUUCAUAGUUAUCUCAGUCAGGUACUUCAUAGUUAUCACAGUCAGGUACUUCAUAGUUAUCACAGUCAGGUACUUCAUAGUUAUCACAGUCAGGUACUUCAUAGUUAUCACAGUCAGGUACUUCAUAGUUAUCACAGUCAGAUACUUCAUAGUUAUCUCAGUCAGGUACUUCAUAGUUAUCACAGUCAGGUACUUCAUAGUUAUCUCGGUCAGGUACUUCAUAGUUAUCUCGAUCAGAAAAAGAGGAAGCAGGAUCCAGGUUCUGAGACCAUCGUCAGAAUCACAGAGGACCGAGUGA